AAGGCUGAGCGCGCGCAGAGCAUCACCAACCAGAGAAGAAGACCUCAUCACCAUCAUUAUCAGGAGGACCAUGCUCGCCGCGUGUCUGGAGUUCCUCGGCCUCGCGCUGUGCCUCGCGGGCUCCCUGCUGGUGAUGGUCGCGUGCGGGCUGCCCAUGUGGAAGGUGACCGCGUUCAUCGACUCCAACAUCGUGGUGGCGCAGACCAUCUGGGACGGCCUGUGGAUGUCCUGCGUGGUGCAGAGCACGGGCCAGAUGCAGUGCAAGGUCCACGACUCGGUUCUGUCCCUAACGGGGGACUUGCAGACGGCACGCGCCCUCACGGUCAUCUCCGCCGUGCUCGGUGUCGUGGCGCUCGCGGUGACGGUGGCCGGCGCGCAAUGUACCAACUGCAUCCGGGAGGAGACGGUGAAGGUGCGCGUGGUGAACGUGGGGGGUGUCCUGUACAUCGUCAGCGGGCUCUUCGUGCUCGUGCCGCUCUGCUGGAUGGCCAACAACAUCAUCGUGGACUUCCACGACCCGCAGGUGCCGCCGUCCAAGAAGCGCGAGAUCGGGGCUGCGAUCUACAUCGGCUGGGCCGCCACCGCGCUGCUGCUGCUCGGCGGGACGCUGCUGGUCUGCUCCUUAUCCCGGGGGGCGCGGGGCGCGUACCCGAUCAAGUACGCGCCCACCAAGACUAUCACAUCCAACGGGGAGUUCGACAAGAAGCAUUACGUUUAAAUAAACUUAUUAUAGAUUUGGGACUUUUGUUUUUUGGAAACUUCUGCUCAGCUUCAUUCAGAGCACGUGGCUGUUUAUUGGAGCUGCUAACGGGUUUUAAUCUGCACGUGACGUCUCACUGGUUCAUUAACUAGUGUGCUUUAAAAAAAUAAUAUUUCUCAUCUGGCAGGUUGCUCAGUCAGUGCGCGCGGCCUCUGAUUGGCUACAGAUCUUCAUUGUAAAUAUAUUUUUUGUGUUCUCCCAGUGGUCUAGAGAAUUGGUCUAGUGUACUGGUCUAGUGUGCUGGUCUAGAGACUGGUUCCCACAGUGAGCAGGUCUUUACAGACCAAUGUUGGGAUCAAAGAGCUGAUUUGCAUUUGAGUGUUUUUAUACUUCGUCAUUUUUGAUACGUUUUCUAAUAAAGACAAAAAACAUUACGUGUCUGUUAUUUAAAGGCUGUUAUAUGCGAUAUGAAAUAUAAAUAUGUUCAUUAUUCAUCAUUAAAAGCUGAAUAUCAGCUCCAUAACAAGGUCAUUUUGAGUUUCAUGUUAUGUUUUUUUGAAUGUAUUUUGUUUUGUUUGACAAACAAAAGAGCCAGAAAAUAAUCAGGACUCUGGUUCACACGACCUCGAUGGAACAAUGGAGCCAGCAGACCAAUCAGAUUCAGGAAGCUUGGCCUGAAUCUGGACCAGUGGAGCAAUCAGGACCUCACGUGGAACAACAACAAACUAAAUCAGGAAACACAAAGACAGACAAGCGGUUGUUCACAGAAAGAUGAACAAAAACUUCUAAAAAGUCUGACUUUAACCACAAUUAAAAUAUUUCAUGAAGUCAAAUCAAAGCUAAAACCUCCUGUUCUUCAUGUGUUAAACCUGCAUUCUCUCUAGUGUCCACCAGGGGG